CCUUCUCCCUCUACGUUUCUCUCUACUCUAUACUUGAACCUCUCUGGGAUCCAAAGAGAAACUUUACGUCCACGUUUGGUCUUCUCUCUCGUUAUAAAUCUCAGAGAGUUCUUUGAGUUAUCCCGCUUCUAUGCCAUUUAGCCCAGAAAAUGGGACAAGCCAAGGGAUGCUGGAUAUUACAACGAGUGGUUCCAAGUGAUAAGUCUGCAAACUCCUACAGCGUCUCUCUUCUCUUAUCUCCUGUUGUGUCUGUUUGGGAUUGUAUCGUUCGUAAAAUGAGGUAUACCUACGUACCUGAGUGGGUGUAGUAGUCAUUGAGUUUGCUUUUGUUUUUUUCUGAAGCAAAGAAGAAGCAAGUUCACGUUUUUCUUUUAUUCUAAGAUUGCACAAGUUUUAGGUUUUUUUUUUUUCCGUUGGACCGUGUUCUAAAGCUAGACGAACAGAGAGGUUGUACUAGUCAUGGAUAAUAGUAGCUUAAUGCGUCAACAAGAUCAGCCGAUUGUUGGAGAAGGGAAGAAGAAGAAGAAGCAAGGGAAAGAUGAAGCGGAUAGAAUCAAACAAGCCGAGAAGAAGAAGCGACGUCUUGAGAAAAAUCUUGCUGCUUCUUUAGCGAUCAGGGCUGAGCUAGAGAAGAAGAAACAAAGGAUCAAGGAAGGACAUCAAGAAGCAGCAGAUGAAGAAAGCUGGGCCAAGAAGAUGAAGCAGGAGAAAGACGAGCUGGAGCGUGUCAAACGAGCGGAGAAGAAAAAGAUUCGUCUGGAGAAAUCUCUUGCUAAUUCUGCAGCUAUCAGGGCUGAGUUAGAGAAGAAGAAGC